AUGGUACACUUCGAAGAGGACGUAGGCAAAGCUGCGAGAUUUCUCGCAAUAUUGCCCAGCUUUAUGAAGCGCAUCGCCGGAAGGAAUGCCACAGUCAUCGACAAACGCGUUCAACAGUGCCUCGAUUACCUGCGGCCGGCAAUUGACGACCGGAUGGCCAUGAUGACUAGGUUUGGGAAGGACUGGGCAGACAGGCCAGAUGAUUUAUUGCAGUGGACCAUUGAUGAAGUUGUGGCUCGCACUCAAGGGCCAGAAGAGGUCGCGCGCAUGGUACUGUUCAUCAACUUCGGGGCUAUUUCUACGACCUCGGCCGCCAUAAUCCGAGCCUUAUACGACAUCUCUGUGCAUCCCGAGCUCGUUAACACGCUCCGGGAAGAGGUCACGGUCGAAGCUGCUGUGGCUGAAGAAGGCUGGACGAAAGUUGGCAUCAACAAGAUGCGCAAGCUCGACAGCUUCCUGCGCGAGUGCGAGCGGCACAACAGCCCCCUCCCGGUGACGCUCUCGGACGGGACAUUCCUUCCCAAAGGCGCAACGGUCGUCACGCCGACGCUCGCGACACACUUCGACGAGGAGAACUAUUCGAACGCGGCCCUGUUCGACCCGUUACGGUCUUACAAGAGUGACAAGUCUGUGCAGCCGCGGCUGACUAUCACGUCCCCAGACUACGUAACGUUCGGGCAUGGCAAGCACGCCUGCCCUGGCCGGUUCUUCACCUCCGACGAGCUUAAAGCUAUGUUAGCAUAUAUUGUCGUAAACCACAACGUUAAAUCCGAGUACGAGGGCGUGCGCCCUGAGAACUUGCGGAGGGGCCUAACGAACUACCCGAACGAUACCGCACGAGUGCUGUUCAGGAAGAGACAGGUCGGCUAGGGUAGAAAGUCCGUGUUCAGACGGUAUCAUCUUCUUUCGUCACGGUCGUUGGUAUUUGUCAGGGCUGCAGAAUCACAGUGCAUGAGUCGCGUGAUUGCUUAGUACGAGGGUCAAUUAUUGCUCCGAAGCAUGGAUUACUGUGAUGCGCG